AUGGCCAGCCUCAUCAUCACUCUUCUUCAUCUGUUUAUAAAAUUUCCAUCUGAUUUCUUCAAGACAAAAUCCAAAGUGCACCCCUGCAAUCGACUUUUUGAACGAUUGGCAAUCGAUUUCGAUUGGUUUCUCUUCAGUCUCCAGGAAAAGGAGGCCACAAAACCUGAAUCAGACACCAAGGAGUUGAUCUCCUAUGCAAGGUCAAACAACAAGGUUGUUAUUGGUCCUGCAACUGUUGGUGGGAUUCAAGCUGGAGCUUUCAAGAUUGGUGACACUGCUGGAACAAUUGAUAACAUUAUUCAAUGCAAACUGUAUAGGCCUGGAUCUGUUGGAUUUGUCUCAAAAUCUUUAUACAACAUAAUCGUGCGUGUGACAGAUGGAAUCUAUGAAGGCAUUGCUAUUGGAGGAGAUGUUUUUCCCGGUUCCACCCUUUCUGAUCAUGUUUUGAGAUUCAACAACAUUCCACAGAUAAAAAUGAUUGUUGUGCUUGGGGAACUCGGUGGAAGAGAUGAAUAUUCAUUAGUUGAAGCACUUAAAUCAGGAAAAAUCAAUAAACCAGUAUGCGCUUGGGUCAGUGGAACUUGUGCACGUCUCUUCAAAUCAGAAGUUCAAUUUGGUCAUGUAGGAGCCAAAAGUGGUGGUGAAAUGGAGUCUGCACAAGCUAAAAAUGAAGCACUCAAAGAUGCCGGAGCAGUUGUCCCCACUUCAUUUGAAUCAUUUGAAGCUUCAAUCAAGGAAACAUACGAGAAAUUGGCCGAGGAGGGAAAGAUUACCCCUGUUAUGGAAAUCACUCCUCCACAUUUACCACCAAAAGAAGUUGAUAAUUGGCUGCUCCAUGAUGCCACUAUAAGAGAAGCUUAUGGUGGUUUGAAUUAUGAAAUAUUCCAUUUAUUUAGGAGAACAAUGAGGAGAUGGCUCAGAAGUUUCAUUUAA